ACAGGAUAAAAGUCGGAUGGCCUCCGGGUGGUGCUCAAUCUGCCGCUCCUGUCCCGGUGUUCCGCCGAGACAUCAGCUCCACGUCUGAGCUGACCAUGGCGAGAUCUCUGAGCGUCCCGCUGCUCCUGCUGGGAGCCUUAGCUGUGGCKCUGACCGUGAGUCCAGCGACCGGCGCAAGCCCCAGGCAUUCUCCGCGCCUGCUGGGAGGCCUGGAGGAAGCCGACGUCAACGAGGAAGGCGUACGCCGCGCCGUGGACUUCGCAGUCAGCGAGUACAACAAAGGGAGCAACGACGCCUACCACAGCCGAGCCAUGAAGGUGGUGCGCGCCCGCAAGCAGAUCGUGUCUGGGGUGAACUACUUCUUGGAUGUGGAGAUGGGGCGAACCACAUGUACCAAGACCCAGGCCUAUUUGGCUGACUGUCCCUUCCAUGAAGAGCCACAUCUGAAGAGGAAAGCACUCUGCUCUUUCCAGAUCUACACUGUGCCCUGGCUGGGCACAAUCUCCAUGACGAAAUCCAGCUGUCAGAAUGCCUAAGGGUCUGUGCCAGUCUGGACUGCACUGAAUACCCUUACUCCUGUGUCAUAUAGUGACUCUGACCCUCAUAUGUGUCCCCCAGUGUGCCAGCACCAGCAGACCAGUGAAGAAGCCGUCUGUGGGCAGGUGUUGAGCACCUAAGUGGCUCUCCCCUUGUUCCUUCCCUCUCAUUACUUUUCAAACACACCAGUGCUUGGUGCAUGUAGACUGCUUCUGCCUUGUUCAAUAAAGAACGUGACAUUA